UUUUUCUUAUUCCAUAAAAGCUCUGAAUGUAGAAUGCCCAUUCGCAAUAGUGAUGAACGCAAGAAAUCAACGAAACAAAACAGCUGUUUUUGACAAUUCGCAAACAUCGCACAAAAUUGCUACGCGAGGUAGUAAACAAAAGCGGCAGUCACUCUUUUAGUGUUUAUAUAUUUAUUAAAUGGAUAUUUAAUAAAUUUUGAUUAAAAAAAAAAGAUUUUAUUAUAACAAAAUGUCAACAAUAGUACAGUAUAUAAUUGUGCGCAGUGACUUACGAACUGCUCUAAAUUGGCCUAUAGGUGCUGUAAUUGCUCAAUGCUGCCACGCUGCAACUGCUGUGAUAAAUCUCAACUCAGAUGAUGAAGAAACAGUUUCUUAUUUAAAAGACAUGGAUAACAUGCAUAAAGUUGUUCUAGAGGCUAAAGAUGAAGGCGCACUAGUUAAAUUAGCAGAUAAACUUAAGGAGAAUAACGUAAAGCAUAAAAUGUGGAUUGAACAGCCGGAAAAUAUUCCAACAUGUAUAGCAAUUAAACCGUAUGUCAAGGAUAAUGUGCAUAAAUAUGUAAAGCAUUUAAAACUUCUGAAAGAAUAAAAUUGAUUUUAAAGUAAUUUUUUUAAUAAAAAAAUGAUGAGAAACAACGGUUAGGAAAUUCCUCAAAUAUUGAUCACAACUACUAGCGAACAUCUCUGGUUAAUAUAUGGUGUUAAACUGCUGCCGUGGCUAAAGCAUAUUCAACAUCUUAUUUAUAUAUUUAUAUUACUAUAUACUGCGUCCUGAUUGUAGUAUAAACCCUUAUAAUGCAAAUCAUAAAUCGUUUUUACGUUA